GUCAUCCAUGGCCGCUGCGGCCAUGGCGUCCUCCCCGGCGGCCUCUCACCUCCGCCACCCCCCGCGCCUCCGCCUCCUCCUCCUCUCCUCCUGCCCCCUCUCCACCUCCGCCUCCUCCUCCUCCUCCUCCGCCUACCCGUGGCUCUCCGCCUGGUCCCGCCCCGGCCGGCGCGGCCGCCUCCGCGCGCCGGCCUCCGCGCUCGAUCUCCGCCCGGAGCCCUCGCCCUCCUCCGACUCCGACGACGAGGACGCCGUCGGCACCAGCCGCUCCUCGGGCCGCUCCACCAUGGCCCUCAUCCUCCGCCGCCUCCAGCGCGCCGGCUUCUCCCCGGAGGCGGGGGCCCCGGCGCCCCCGCCGGCGCACCCGCCGCGGGGGUCCGUCGAGGACGUGUUCCGCGCCGACGACGGCGUGCUCCCCAACGCGCGCGGUGGGUUCGACUCCGACGCCGCCUACGCCGGGGAGGAGGAGGAGGAGCGGGCGCUCGGGGAAGCGCGGUUCCCGUGGGAGCGCCCGAUGCCGCCGCCCGAGGCCGCGCCGCGCGCCGCGCGGUCGCCCACGUGGAUGGCGGAGCUGACGCUCCCCGCGGCCGAGCUCAGGCGCCUGCGGCACGCGGCCAUGAGGAUCAAGUCGAGGACCAAGGUCGGCGGCGCCGGGGUCACGCGCGAGGUCGUGGAGAAGAUCAGGGAGAAAUGGAGGACCGAAGAGGUGGUCAGGGUCAAGGUCUCCGGCACGCCCGCGCUCAACAUGCGCCUCUUCCACGAGAUACUCGAGAGAAAAACAGGAGGCUUGGUAAUAUGGAGGUCAGGGACUUCAGUUUCUCUAUACAGGGGAAUAGACUAUGAUGAUGGUAUGAAGCCCUCAGUUAAAGGGUCUCCAAGUUCUUCCUUACGACCUGCUGAGAAAGUGGACAGCGCACAAAAUAGCAAUGGAGCUUUUAUUUGUAAUACUGGGAAAGAGGAAAUAGUUGAACAAGCGCCAGAAAUCAAGUAUGAAGAUGAAAUUGACAAGCUAUUGGAUGAACUUGGCCCAAGGUACAGUGACUGGCCUGGAUCUGAUCCAUUACCAGUGGAUGCAGAUUUGCUUCCUGCAACUAUUCCAGGUUACAAGCCGCCUUUUAGAGUUCUUCCAUAUGGUGUUCGGCCAUCUCUUAGCCGAAGGGACAUGACCAAUUUACGCCGUCUUGCCCGGGGACUACCCCCUCACUUUGCUCUUGGGCGAAGCAGACAACUCCAAGGCUUAGCCAAUGCUAUGGUCAAGCUGUGGGAGAAAAGUUCAAUUGCUAAAAUUGCUUUGAAGAGAGGGGUACAACUUACCACCAGUGAGAGGAUGGCUGAAGAUAUCAAAAAAUUAACAGGUGGCGUAAUGCUGUCAAGGAACAACGAAUAUAUAGUUUUCUACAGAGGGAAGGAUUUCUUGUCCUCAGAACUUGCAGAGGUGCUUAUAGAAAGAGAAAGAUUAGCAAAGUCCCUACAAGAUGAAGAGCAAGCACGAUUAAAGGCAGUUUCUUCAUUUUCUUCGAGCAUUGAUGCAUAUGUACAACCUACUUUAGCUGGUACUCUAGAAGAGACUCUUGAGGCUAACUCCAAAUAUGGAAAUAAACUGGAUGAGGAUCAUGCAGACAAGAUGGCAAGAACAGUUGCAGCUGCAAGACAUGCUGACCUUGUGCGAAAGCUAGAGUGGAAGCUUGCACUUGCACAAAAAAAGAUGGAGAAAGCUGAAAGGGUUCUAGGAAAAGUCGAGACAGCCCUCAAUCCAACUGAAGGUUCCAAGCCGCCUGAAACAAUAACAGAUGAAGAGAGGUUCAUGUUUCGGAAACUUGGUCUAAGGAUGAAGGCAUUUCUGCUCCUUGGCAGAAGAGGAGUAUUUGAUGGCACGAUUGAAAACAUGCACUUGCACUGGAAGUACAGGGAACUAGUGAAGAUUCUAGUGAAAUCAAAAUCUUUUAAAGAAGUCAAGCAGACAGCAUUGUCCCUUGAAGCUGAAAGUGGUGGUAUUUUAGUUUCUGUGGACAAAGUCUCCAAAGGCUAUGCCAUUGUUGUGUUCCGCGGGAAGAACUACAAACGCCCUUCGACGCUCAGACCGAGGAAUCUCUUGUCCAAGCGGAAGGCUCUAGCUAGAUCCAUUGAGCUUCAGAGACACCAGGCCCUGAGUCAUCACUUUGCAAAGUUGAACAAAAAGGUGGAGCAGCUGAAAGCGGAACUGGUCCAAAUGGAGGGCGUGAAGGAGCAAGGGGACGAGGAGUUGUACGCCAAGCUGGACUCCGCGUACUCGAGCGACGAGGAAGAAGACAUGGAGGAUGAGGACGACGAGGCCUACCUCAAGCGCUUUGACGACGAGGUGGCCGGCGCCACCGCCACCGCCGAGGGCAGGACCUCGCUCGCCGACGGCAACGAUCCCGUGUACGACGAGGCCGAUUACCCUGACUCCGAUGAUGAAGCUGAUGAUUAUUAUGGUACAAGAUCUGGGGGCGACCAGAGAGCCACCAGCGACAAGAGAAAGGCCGGCCGAUGCACCUCUAUUGGAUCUCGACCUCCGCUUCUUGAAUCCAAAUGAUUCAUUCUUGCACAAGAACUGGGGGCGACUUCUUCCUAAAGUAUGAACUGGAGAUGCGGUUGCCGGGGGCGACCUCCACUAUUGGCAAGCCACCGCACUUGCCCCUGCAGCUGUUGGUAGCAGGAUGGAUGGGCGGAUGGGUGCCAAAUCUUGGAGGAGCCGGAUGGGAUUUCAACGAUUGAAAUUGGGUGGGAUUUGGACCUUGUGCUGCUUGCCGAUGGGGAAAAAUGGGGCCUGCGAUUUUUAGGAUGGAGGGUGCUGAUGAGGAUUCAGGUGCGCGCCAAAAAAUGCAGGGCUUUCAGGGCGGGAGAGACUCGUGCGCGGGAGGAGUAGGCGCGCGCAGCGCCAUGGCGGGACGGAGGCGGGACAGAGGUGCGGCCGUACGGGCGCAGUGGAUCGAGACGAUGAGGAAAACAGGGGGGAAGAAACGAAGAGAGCUGCCCAACACCGAUGUUGGUGGUUUCUUUCGUCUUGGACGAGCCGCCGACCCGGUUUCCUGCAUGCGACCCGGUGUCAUGUGUUUUGCUUCUCUCUCUUUCAUAAAUUUCAUGCCACAUCAGAUUUUUUGCUUACAUGGCAGCUUAUUAAUUCUAUAGACACCUCCAACUAAUUGGAGGUUGGGACU